AUGGGUGCCCUCAGCCAUGGCAAGGUGCCCCAGAUGCCCCUGCUGUGUCCCCUGUUCUGGAGAGGGUUCAAAGGUCAUUGCUACAGAUUCUACCCCAUCAACAAGACCUGGGCCGAAGCCGACCUGCAGGGCUCUCAGUUCACUGUUGGCAGGAAAUCUGCCAGGCUGACCUCCAUCCACAGCUGGAAGGAGAAUGUCUUUGAUGACCUGGUGAACAGCUGUGUUCCUGACAUCCCAGCCGACAUCUUGAUUGGCCUUCGUGACCACAGGCAGGAAGGACAGUUUGAAUGGAUGGAUUGUUCUCCUUAUGUCAGUUACUGGGACAAGAGUCAGUCUGGUGAUGGCAUCCACAGAGACUGUGUGCAGAUGUGGUACCCACCCAGUAGCGCACUGAGGUCCUCCUGCCACAGGAGGUUCCCCUUUGUCUGCAAGAUCCCAUCUCUGAGCAUUCACUAA